CCGGGCACGGGACCCGCGGCUUCCCGCAGCUGCAGCGACGCCCGAGCCGAGCGAGCCCCCCACGCAUCCCCGCGGAGGAAGAGGAGAGUCUCUUUGCUGCGGCAGAUGUGUGUGGGGUCACCACACAGCUGGGACUAUGGUGAAAUUUCCAGCACUCACUCACUACUGGCCCCUUAUCCGGUUCCUGGUACCUCUGGGCAUCACCAAUAUAGCCAUCGACUUCGGGGAGCAGGCCUUGAACCGAGGUAUUGCUGCUGUAAAGGAGGAUGCAGUCGAAAUGCUGGCCAGCUAUGGACUGGCCUAUUCCCUGAUGAAGUUCUUCACAGGCCCCAUGAGUGACUUUAAAAAUGUGGGUCUGGUAUUUGUGAACAGUAAGCGAGACAGGACCAAGGCUGUUCUGUGCAUGGUGGUGGCAGGUGCCAUAGCUGCUGUUUUUCACACUUUGAUAGCUUACAGUGACUUAGGCUACUACAUAAUUAAUAAACUGCACCAUGUGGAUGAAUCAGUGGGAAAUAAAACUCGAAGAGCUUUCCUUUAUCUUGCUGCCUUCCCUUUCAUGGAUGCCAUGGCAUGGACACAUGCAGGCAUUCUCUUGAAACACAAAUACAGUUUUCUGGUGGGAUGUGCCUCAAUUUCAGAUGUCAUAGCUCAGGUUGUUUUUGUAGCCAUUUUGCUUCAUAGUCACCUGGAAUGCAGAGAACCGCUUCUCAUUCCAAUCCUUUCUUUGUACAUGGGAGCACUUGUCCGCUGUACCACCCUCUGCCUGGGUUACUACAGGAACAUUCAUGACAUCAUCCCAGAUAGCAGUGGACCUGAACUAGGGGGAGAUGCUACAGUAAGGAAGAUGCUGAGCUUCUGGUGGCCUUUGGCUUUGAUUCUGGCAACUCAGAGAAUCAGCAGACCUAUUGUCAACCUUUUUGUGUCCCGUGACCUUGGCGGUAGUUCUGCAGCCACUGAGGCAGUGGCAAUUCUGACAGCUACAUACCCUGUGGGUCACAUGCCAUAUGGUUGGCUGACUGAAAUUAGAGCAGUCUAUCCUGCUUUUGACAAGAAUAAUCCCAGCAAUAAACUGGUGAGCACGAGCAACACAGUGACGGCAACACAUAUAAAAAAAUUCACCUUUGUCUGCAUGGCGUUGUCUUUGACGCUCUGUUUUGUGAUGUUUUGGACCCCCAACGUUUCAGAGAAGAUUUUGAUUGACAUCAUUGGAGUGGACUUUGCCUUUGCAGAACUCUGUGUUAUUCCUUUACGCAUUUUCUCCUUCUUCCCAGUUCCAGUCACAGUGAGAGCGCACUUGACUGGUUGGCUGAUGACACUGAAGAAGACAUUUGUAUUGGCCCCCAGCUCCGUGCUGCGCAUCAUUGUCCUCAUCACUAGUCUUGUCGUCCUCCCUUAUAUGGGGGUUCACGGAGCUACCCUAGGAGUGGGGUCACUCCUAGCUGGCUUCGUGGGAGAAUCUACCAUGGUUGCAAUAGCAGCUUGUUAUGUCUAUAGAAAACAGAAAAAGAAGACCGAAAACGAGUCAGCCACAGAAGGUGAAGACUCCGCCAUGACUGACAUGCCUCCAACAGAGGAAAUUACAGACAUCGUAGAAAUGAGAGAAGAGAAUGAAUAAAGACAUGAGAUGAUGUGACUGAUCACCACACCACAGAGACAGUUGGAAUAAUACUUCAGCAUCUUUUCUUCUUUCAUCUUGGGUUUUUUUUUUUUGUUUGUGUGUAUUUUUUUUUUUUUUAAAUGAAAGAGGCCUUGAUUUAAAAGGUUUCAGAUAAAUUCUCUAGCAUACUGGGUAUGCUCACAUUGAUGUGGGACCUAAAGAGAGGUCUUUUCUUUUUCUCUUUUUUUUUAAAUGGAAUUAGUUUUUCUGCACCAUAAAAAACUAAGAGACAUGGCUGCAUCAUGGUAGAAGUUGUCUCCAUUGUUGAAGCCUUCACUUCCAUUGGACAAUCUGCAUUUGUCAACCAAAGUACUGCUGUGUGUCUCUGUGCCAUUGGCUACAUGGCCCACUCGUGCCCUUUGGCCACAAACUCAACUCCAUUUUUUUUUCUUCCUCUUUUUUAGGAUCACAAGGUUGAAAAUACAGUAUCUAAAAGUUGAAUUUUCUUUUACUCACUUGACAAUAACUUGGCUGUAUAAACAGAUAUAACCCUUGUGGCCUAAUAUAUUCCUCUUGCCCGUGGAGUUAUAAACUGUCUACUAUUAAAAUACAGAGGGGUAAGAGGCUAAAUUCAGGAAGAGUCAAAGUCUAUUCAAAGGAAGAGAAUUGUGAAUAGGCUUCAUUGAAAUAUGGAAGUAAUUUUUUAUGGUCUGAGAGAUCAUUGGGGUAGCAAAAAUGAAUCAUAACUCAACAAUUGUAUUUCAUUUUACAUAAGAGGUUCAAAGAGGGUUGUGUUUUGUUUUGUCUCUUUAAUAUCCUAGUAUAUACGUCAAUGUUUUUUAGUCACCUCAUAUUACCAAAUUUCAAGUCUUUUGCAUGCCGUUACCUGCUUUUCAUUCUCCUAUCCUGAAGGUGGCACUACAGGUAGUUGAAUGGAGCAUUCUAACUGAUUUUGGUUUUGGUUUCUUCAAGAGAACUGAAAGCUUUAGCUAAGUCAUAAUCUAGCAAUCUUGUGCUAGAUAGGUGUAUUAAUAACUUUUUAGGUAUAGUUUAUUGUAUCUUUCUGCCAUUCUUAUAACUUUGUGGUACAUAUAACUCAUGGAAAGCACUAGGAUAUAUAGCCCUUUCAUGCCAUACAAUAAAAAGAAGACACUUUAUAAAAUUACUAAAAAUCACUAUGUGAUCUUCCCUGAAAUUAGGCAUUUGGAUUCAAUUUAGUAAAGUAUAUUUUUCUAAGUUUCACAAAAUUUUUUUUCUUUUCUGAAUUUUGGACAUAUUUAGUUUACUAAAUUCUUGGCUUAGUCAAAACACUUGAAAACUGACAAAACCUAAAUAAAAUAUUAUUUUAAAUAUAUAUACUGUAUAGGUUAUGUAAUUUAUUUUAAGCUACAAUACAUCUCCUAUUUUUGCAUUUUCAAUAAGAUGUCUUUAAUACAAUAUGUUGGCUGCCUGUGUGCACAUAUAAUUAGUUAAAACAUAUUGUAUCAGUGAACAUUAUGUCUUAGUUGCAAUAGUUGUACUUGGCUCAUUACUUGUACAAAUGCAAUAAGAUUGAGUAAAUUUCAGGAGAGAUAUUUUUCAGUAUGGGUGAAUGGGGUCUAAUUGGUCAGCCUAAGCAGAAAACAUUGGGAACAAAAUGGUAAUACUAGAUGGGCAAGGAAUAAAAAGCCCUCUGGAUUUUUUAUUUUGUUUUUGAUGUUGUACUCAGAUUAUUCCUCAUAAUAAAUUAACUAAGCUGAAUAAAGUCAACCUUGUACAGGAACAGUGUUGACAUUUAAAUUUCUGAUACACAAUAUCCCUUGGGCAUGCCUACAUUGUAUAGAGGCCUGUGUACUUCCUAGAGGCCUGGCUUGUUGUCAUUUUUUUCUUCUCCCACAUAGUGAGAUGUACAGCUUUAUGGCAACAGUAGAGGCAAAAUUAAGAAGUAGAGGAUGGGAGAGGAAGGUGAGUGGGGACAGAGAUCUUAUAUUUUUGUUUUAGGUACAUGGCUAGAAGUUUAAGUGGCAAUAUGUUUUAUUAUUUGUGAGUGUUUGAUGCUUGUGGAAUUGGAGCUAGAUUUUUUUUUUAAUUAAAAAAGUAAAUUUGUCCCUGAAAA